AUGGCGGGGAAUGGAGGUGGUCCAACUGGACCGAAGCCCCCGGCCGGGACUGUGCCGGUCGGCCGUGGUGGUGGCGCGGCGACUGGACAGAAGAACCCCGUAGCCGCUGGGACUGCGCCGGCCGGUGCGGGACGCGGUGGCGGCGCGCCGGGUCUGAGACCUCCGGCGGCUGGAGUCGGACGUGGUGUCGUGGCACCGUCUGCUCCUAGACCUCCGGUGGUGGCCGGUGCAGCGCUCGUCUCCGCGGGACGCGGUGGGGGCCAGAUUGGGCAGAGGCCGCCGGUGCAGCCUCGGGCUACACCGCCGCCGCACCACGUCGCGAGGUCGACGCAGAAGCGGCCUGGACCGGCACAGACACAUACACCGCCGCCUCUGUCUGCUAAUGGAGGGGCGGGUGUGCCCCGUGACCCAGCUAACAGUGGUGCUAAUGGACCGCCCGGGGACAAUGGGGUGAUGAUGGUUACAAUGCGUAUGGUGAAGGCCAGCAUCGAGGCUCGUCGUCGACGGGCGGCAGCCGUGGUUAUGCUUGGCAGAGUGAUGGUACAACUGAGAGACCUUUUUACGGCCCUCCGGGUGGCUUUGUUGAGGGGGCAUCGGGCCCUGACUACCGGCAGCGAGGUCGUUACCAUGGUCAUCGUGGUCGUGGUGGCCGAGGUGGCCGCUACCGGCAACGUCAACCUCCUCCACUUGUCGUCGUUGAGCAGAUGGACUCCGCGGAGGCGGCCGAUCCCGGUCAGACGCCGGAGCGCCCGGUCAGGCUAUGGAGGUGGUCGCCGCACUGGCUACGGCUGA